AUGUCGAAAGUCUGGGCGGGAUUGGGCCAAAGGGACAUUUCCGACCCCUACCGGCUGUCAAUCAGAGAGCAAGGCAGCGGUAGGACGGCGCCAUCUUGGCCAAUAGUCGGCGGAAUGGGCAGAGUAGCAAGCAGAGAAGAGGACAUGAGCCUACACGAAGCGGUAACGGCUCUUCGGUUGCCGGACGGCACACUUCGUUUGAGUAUAGGUCUCUGCGAGUAUGGACGCCCGCUGGUCGCCCAGCCACGGAGAGGCGGCCGGCAGUUCCCUGAAGUUGGGGGAACAGAAAAGACGUGGGGUCUUCACAACAUGUCAUCCUUCUGGAAGCCCGGCUUGCUAGUCGAGCUGAAAGCUUUGGAAAAGGCGCCGGAGGCAACCAAACCUGUGCCGAGCCAAGACGAGUUCUUCUCUCCUCGUCAACUGGACAGAGCAGAACAAACAUGUUGUAGGUCCGGAGGCGGUGCCCUGUUACAAUUUUACUCGACAGCGCCCGAAGCAAGGGCCCUAUUGUCACACUCCAUUUCGUAUCCAAUGGGCCACAAUAGCGAAGUUAAGCUCAGAGUACAGCGUUAG